AUGGCAUCGCCGGCGCGGACCCCGGACAUCCGCUACUCGGAUGUGGCACGCUAUGUGGGCUUGUCACUCAUGAAGGAUGGCUUGCAGCGGCCAAAGUCUCAAAUCAAACUUCAUCCACUGAAAGCACAGGAGAUGGCGGCACUGAAAGCCCCACCGGCGCUGACAGCCUCUGGAUCGCCAAAAGAGGAUGAGCAGGUAGAUAAGAUCAAAGUGCAUCUAUCAUGGCUGAAAGCUCAGCACAGAGCAGAGAAGGAGGAACUUCGACGACUGGAAGGUUGCUUGUCAGAUUCCAUGCUACUAGAAAAGAAGGUCGAUGAGUUACUUCGCACGCCCGAAGAAACCACGAGGAAGUGCACAGAUGUUGGGUGUUUGAUCGUCUUCGCAGCCAUCUUGGGAGGUAUGGAGAAGUUUGUGUUCUUUCCGUUGGAUGACGGUGGCAUCGACCUUCAUCGGCAAGUCUGCGUGGAUGUUUGCCCAGCAUCCAGCACUGCAACGGUGGUGACCUACUUGAAACCCGAGGAACGACGGCUUGGGAGUUUGGUGGAUGCCAUUCCUGUAGGUAUCUCAGAAACCAACAGCUUACUCCGGGCCCCCGCCGUCACUGCCACUAUGGCGCCCUCCACGCCGGCGCCUGCGGCGCCUGCCACAGUGUCUCAACCAGAGGCGCCGGCGGAAGCAGAGCAGCCAUUGCCGGUGCAGAGUCCAGCGAUUUCGGUGAGUCCUUUCACUGGGGGCUUUCAAGGCAGCCUUAGUGUGGCGACUCCUGCGCUACCACCUCCACCUCCACCUCCGGCAACUCCUGUUCUUCAGGAUGUGCCAGAGUCCCAGGAAAUAGUGGUGAGGGGAUAUCCCAGCUUUCCUUUGGCAGGAGUUCUUUGCGUGCCAAACGUUCGUGAAUUUGAGGGAAACAUCACUGAGCUCACUGGGAAAAACAUAGCCUUGCAAGCCGCCUUGCAGGUUUCAGAGCUUUGGCACAACCAGGAAGUGCUGCUACUGGCUGCUUUGGUGACUGUGGUUCUUUCCCUUACAUUUCUUUGCUUCGUGGAGAACUGUGCCAGGAGUCUGAUCAAUAUUUCUGUCACAGCGCUGAUUGUCGUUCCAGCAGCCUUUGCGGCCUAUCGCGUCUACAAACACCACGGGGCGAUAGAUACAGAGGGAGAAGAGAAGAUUGGCGUUAUGAGCCCGGAAUUUGCUUGGUGGGCUGCUAUUUCUGGCUUUACCAUUUCAGUUUGCAUGGUGAUUUCUGCUUGCUGUCUGUGUGGCAGAUGUGCAGGCGCUUCCCACACAGUGGAAGAAGCAGCUGAGUGCCUCAUGACGAUGCCAUCACUCUUACUGGAACCCUUCCUUUCCUUCUUGAUCAAAGUUCCCGUCUUCGUCCUUGGGUGUCUGGUCUUCAUCAUGCUCAUAGGAUCAGGUGAGUAUAGUCAGUCAGUGGACUUGACCCAGCCUCAAAGCCUCUUCCACCCAGACUCAUUUUCAUCCGUGAGUGCUGUCUACUUUCUGUUUGCAUGGCUAUUGGUGAUGGAGCUCCUCCAUUACAUCUCCGUCUUUGUGGUCAUCUAUGUGGCUGAAGUCUGGUUCUUCAAGCACUUUAAGCAGACUGAACGAGCUAGCUUUUGUGAGAUGUGUGGGGUCAAGUUGCUGGUCAAAGGCUUUCUAGCAGCAAUGCAGCACUUGGGUUCUUUGAUCUUCGCAGCCAUGUGUUUGGCCCUACUCCGACCCAUCAGAUGGGUAAUUAAAGCCUUCCUAAUGGCUGAGGAGGCUGCGAGCUACACGGAAGUUGGGACAUGUGUUCUGAAAGUGGCACGCUGGGCAGUCGACUUGUGCUUCGCCUUUAUCCAGAAAGUACUUGACCUGACCAGCCAAGUGGCGCUCAUGCAGAUUGCAAUUGAUGGAAGUGAAGGGUAUUGCUCAUCACUUGAAUAUGCGAUGAGCAAGGUAUUCCUUCAUGCAGCAAAAUGGACCGUCAUAGAGGGUGUAGGAGCACUCUUUGUAGUUCUUGGUGUCGGAGGCAUUUCGACCGGGACCGGCUUUUUGGUAUGGCUGGUGACCAGAACUUUCCCUCGGUACACUGAGCCUGACAGUGCACAGUAUGUUUCAGAUCCAGAAAGUACUGCCUUGGCAUCAGGUUUCAUUGCUCUUUUGAUGUCUCUUUGCUUCUUGCAUCACUUCCAGACCAUCACGGACACCAUUGCCUUCUGCCGGGGACUCCAGAAUCGUGCAUCAAAGUAUGCUGAGGAGCCCGAGGGUGAUGGCUGUUGCGAAUGCUGGGGCAAGGACUCUCGCGAGACGGAGAAACUUCUGAGGAUUGCCUCCAAGCCGAGACAAGCAGUCAAUGCAUUGCUUCAGGCGAAGGAUGCGCAACGUCGAGCCAUGCGAGACAGGGAGAAGUUCGAGUUUCACCAGAACCACGCGGCGCAGGUGGAGGAUCAGAUCCAAGCAUUGAAGGAAGAGCUCCACCAGCGGAAGGUGCGGAACAGUGCGCCUAAGAAGACUGAAGAAACUCCUCAAGAAGCUCAAGAAGAGAGGCCCAGUCCAGCAGAGGAGUCGGCUGGACGGUCGCAGACGGCUCCCGAAACGGCUGGAGCUCGUGAAAAGCUGGCAAUCCUGGACGAGGAUGAGGAACCUGAGGUGGCGGAGGACUCCCACAUGACGCUGAAGGAAUACUUCGAUGCUGCAGACCAGAGACGAGAGAAGGAAAGGCAAAAGAAAUCGCAGCGAUCACAAUUGCUGAGUGCUUCGGCUCGAUCACAGGCCGAGUCUAGACGAAGUUUUUGGCAUCCCAGGAGGCAGCUCACGGCAGAAGAGAUUGCCCAAAAUCAUGAAGAGUACAGAAAGACAAUUCGUCAAAUGAUGAUCGACAAAUGUGGAGAUGAACAGGAUGACCGAUCCAUGCGGGCCAAGAAAGCCUUCGGAAAACUGGACCUCAACGGAAGCGGCAACGUGAGUUUGCAAGAGUUUGCUGAUGGAGUAGCGAGGUUAGGAAUCAACUGGCAAGAGAUGACCGGAAUGACUCGUCCUCGAGAGCUCUUCAAGAUUUUUGAUCUGGACAAAGAUGGUGUGAUCGUUUUCUCAGAACUCUUUCCAGAAAUGGAAGAGAAGGAGCAGGAACGAGUGAGCACGCCAGAAUUUUGGAAACGUUGGGUGGAGAGGAACCGUGACCUGGAAAGCACCCGCGGACCCAAAUGGCAGCCAACCACACCGGAGGCAGAACUGGAGCUCCUGUACAGCACCUCUGAGAAGCACGACAGUGCCAGCGAGCUCCGAAAGUGGAUGGCAUCAACCAUUCAUCGCCUCAAAAAUCGUGGCAAGAGUGACGCACGGUGCCGUGAGAUCGUGGCAGCGCAUUUGCCACGUGGGACUGGGCCAAAAGAUUUGGAAGAUGUUCAUACAUUUAGUUCCGCAGAAGUGAAACUUUGCAAAAAGACCUACAACGAUGAGGUCAAUGAUCCGGUUCGAAACAUUCAGAAGGUCGUUUACGACAUGCGAGAGCAGCGACGCCAGCUCCACGAUUCAAGACAGAAACUGUGGUCACUGACCAUGGAGCCAGUGAUGCGCAAACAAAUGGAAGAAGAUCGAAAGAACGCUGCCACAGCAGUUGGCCUAUCACUGGGUGGCAUGGGACCAUCCAUGACUGGCAGCAAGGAGGCUGAAGCGCCAGGGCAGGCGAAAAAAUCCAUGAAGGCCAUCGCUCAGCAAUGCAAAAUGGAUGAAGAUACGGUGGAAUUUCUACAUCGAGAAUUUACUGCCCAAGCAGACAAGACUGACCUUAUUCUGAAGAAGGGCUUCCAACGUCUCCUCCGUUCUUUGUGCCUAGGGCGCACAAUCUCUGAGAGUGACAUGAACUACUGGUGGGAACAAGCAGUCAAGACCAUGCCGGCACAAGAAGAUGUACGCAAGGCUCAAGCUUGUGACUUUGAGCACUUUGCAUCAUGGUACGCCACCUCGGAGGCCCGCACCGUUUGAGGUGCUGCCACCAGAUGGCGAACGACGGUGCCGUCGCGCAGCGGAUCGGAGGAUCGGAUCUGACAAAGCCGGGCUCGAAAGCAGUUCCAGGCAUUGUCCAACGUCCCAAGCAGGGACAGCAACAAAAAAAGAUCAUCUAUGUUGUCU